AUGCAUGCCUUACUCAAAGACCUCCAUGGGAAGCGCAGAGAUAAUGAUAAAGUUAAGGUUUGGGUGGCCCAAAUAAGAGAAGAAGCUUAUGAUGCUGAGGACAUCAUCGACUCCUACAUCUUUAACAUUGAAAAGCAAGGAAGAGAGACAAGUGAUGGAUUCAUGGGAUCCAUACGAAGUUUCGCUUGUUGCAUCAAAGACAUACCAACCAUCCACAAGAUUGGAAAGGAGAUCGGUGACAUAGAAAUAAGGCUCAACGAGAUUUCAUCCAACCGAUCAUAUUAUGGCAUCGACAAUAUACCAGGAUGUGGAGAAGCUUCAUCUUCCUCAAAUCAAAGCCAGAUGUCGAGGGAGAAGGGUAUUCCCAUCGCCAAGGAAGCUGAUGUGGUUGGUGUUGAAGAUGAGACAAAGACACAGGUGGGGCGGCUGAUUGAAGGAGAUGCACGGCGUGCUGUCAUUUCAAUCACUGCAAUUACAACUCUCACGUGCUUGACAGAACAAGACGCCCAUCCGAUCAUUGCCACCGAUGAGACGCCUUCUUCGAUCACGAUUCCUCCCUAG